AUGGCAACUGGACCUGCGGUAAGUUCAGCGCUAGAGACGAUCAGCAGACAUCAUCUUGAGUGCAGCAUCUGUCAAGAGAGAUACCAACAGCCCAAGAUACUGGAAUGUCUGCAUAGCUUCUGUGAGCAAUGUCUGCUGAAAUAUCGUAGCACGAAGCACGAGGGCUCUACAGCGAUUCCUUGCCCUUUGUGUCGACAGGAGACGAAACUUCCUGAGACGGGGGUGAAGGGUCUGAAAACCAACUUUCAUCUGAUUGGUCUGGUUGAGGAGCUUGAACUUCAGGAAAAGAUAGUGGGAUCGAGUGAUACUUGUCUUUUGUGUGAUGUAUGUGAGGGGGGCAACGAGGCAACGCAGCGAUGUCUGGAUUGUGGCCACAAUUCGUGCUUAGUCUGCAGCAGAAUACAUCUUCGAUUCCCUUCCUCAUCCAAUCACAAUGUAGUUCCUUUGGAGGAAAUUCGUGAGGGAAAGGUUACAGUGACAAAGAAACAUCAGAAACAACAUCCAAAAUGUCUGAUCCAUGAAGGUGAAGUGACACGGUUCUUUUGUACGACGUGUGAAGUGUUGAUCUGCCGAGAUUGUACUGUCAUUGACCACUGUAAGCCAGAACACUCGUACAUUGACAGAAAUCUGGCAACAUCAACGUACAAGCAAUCGUUGGCUGAACUGUUUUCUCCGCUGGAAAACACAAUGAAGGAACUCCAGAAAUCACGAGAGAAAGUCUCAAGAAUGAAAGAAGAUUUAGGUGUCACAGUUAAAAGGGUCAUGACAGAAGUGCAAGACAGAGCAGCUGAGCUCCGAGCAGAGGUUACGGCUCAAGAAACUCGCAUCCUUAAUGACAUCAAAAACAUGCAAACAGAUCGUGAACAAAAACUGGAUGAAUGUGAGAAAGAUAUGGGCUUGGCAGCGGAGAGAUUUCAGUAUUCAAUAGACACAGCACGAGAGGUGACAAAGACUGCAUCAGAUAGUGACUUUCUCUCACUCUAUCCCACAAUCAGCAAAGACUUAAAAUUGUUGGCAGGUCAGAGUAUUCCUAGAGUUGACAACAGGCUCGCUUUUCUGAAUUUCAAGCAGAGUGAGGGGGUUGGUAGCAUCAGUCUGGGUGAGGUGGUGACAGAAGGCAAAUGGGAGCUGUGUCGGGAGUUUGGUAAAAAGGGAAGCGGUCAAGGAGAGUUUGAUGUUGCUUGGGGCAUUGCUGUUCGUCAACCCGAUGAGAUUGCAGUGGCUGACUCCAACCACACACAAGUUGUAAUCUGCAACAUCGAUGGCAACCAGAAAAGCACAAUCCCGAUGCCAAGAUGUCCACGCUGCAUCGCAGCUACACGUGGCGACAAUCGUUUGGUGGUUGUUGAGAUGAACAAUCCCACCGUGAAGGUGUUUAACAGCGACAACACACUGGCAUACGAGUUCCCAACGGUGCCACCUAUUGAGGCCGGUAAGACCGCAGUUGACCUCCACAGUGUAGCUGUCAAGAAUGAUGAUACCAUCGUAGUGGGUGAUAUCAAGAGGAGGGUGUUGACUGAGCACAGCCCCACUAAUGGUGAACUCCUUCAUACCAUACCAGUCAAGAUUGAUCCUUACUUUCUGUCCGUGAACAGCAAUGAUCGAGUCUUAAUCAGUGAUUUUUCACAGCAUGUAGUACAUGUUGCUGAUGAUAAUGGUGCUACAAAACGCACAAUUAAGCCCACCAUCCAUGGGCAACCAGUACAAUACUGCAAAGGUGUGUGCACUGAUGGCUCAGGUAUCUAUGUUGCAAUGCAUAACAUUGAGAACACGGGUCAUAUCCACCACUAUGACCCUCAAGGUGGCUUCCUAAAGUGCAUCGCACAGGGUCUGCACUGGCCCAUGGAUAUAACAUUCACAUCAAAAGGGCAGCUGGCAGUGGCUGACAGACAAUCUGUCAAGAUGUAUCACCAGGUGUGA